AUCACAUGAUUUCUGGUUACUCGGGAUGGCCCGGGGUGGAGUUGAGAUGUUUGUGUGCAAAACAUACUGGAUUAUGUUUCUCAUCAUAAUUUUAUGCAUUUCUCAUUCUUCGGCUCUCCUUAACAAAAUAAGACACCGAACGUUUCGAACGAGUGUUAUUAUCGGCAAUGCAGAUGUCGAGGAGCUGUGGUUUACUCAGAGACUGGAUCAUUUCAACGGAGCGGAUGGGCGACUUUGGCAGCAGAGGUACUUUAUCAAUGAUACUAUGUAUAGAACUGGCGGGCCGGUUUUCCUAAUGAUUGGCGGUGAGGGGCCUGCUAACCCAGCCUGGAUGCAACACGGUACCUGGCUUACCUAUGCACAGAAGCUAGGGGCGCUCUGCGUGUCGCUGGAGCACAGGUUCUAUGGGAAAAGCCACCCGACUGAAGACUUGAAUACCGCAAACCUCAUGUACCUCAGCAGUAAGCAGGCUCUAGCGGAUCUCGCCCACUUCCGCACGGUGUUGGCUGAGAAGAUGGGCCUGACCCAAAGCAAGUGGGUAGCAUUUGGGGGAUCUUACCCGGGAUCGCUUGCCACGUGGUUCAGAUUGAAGUACCCCCACCUUGUCCAUGCUGCAGUAGCCAGUAGUGCACCCCUUCAUGCAGUAGUUAACUUUCCAGAAUAUCUGGAGGUAGUUGAGCGUUCUCUUGCAUCCCACAGUCCAGAGUGCCCACUGCUGGUGAAGAAUGCAUCCGACACUCUUGUGGACAUGCUGAAAGACUCAAAAAACUAUGACAAGAUAAGUAAAGAUUUCCGCCUGUGUGAAACACUCCAGAUUAAAUCUGACAUGGACCUGGCCUACUUCCUGGAGGUGCUGGCUGGGAAUUUCAUGGACGUGGUCCAGUAUAAUGAUGACAACAGAGAGUUUGAGGGCUUAAGAGGAACGAACAUCACUAUCAAAGUGCUCUGUGGUCUGAUGUCGGAUGCGUCUCUUGGGACACCAUACGACAGAUAUGCCUCUGUGGUUCAUCUGAUGCUGAACACGUUUGGUCAGAAGUGUCUGGAUGCGAGUUAUGACAUCUACAGGAGGGAAAUGUCAAACUCCUCCUGGGAUGGGCCAGCUUCAGGAGGAGGCAGACAGUGGGUCUACCAGACCUGUGCAGAGUUUGGUUUCUAUCAGAGCACUGAUUCUCCCAAUCAGCCAUUUUCUGGAUUUCCUCUACAAUACCACCUGCAGCAGUGCUCGGACAUCUAUGGCAGCGCCUUCAGUGCCGCUUCAGUUGCUGAUGCCGUUCUGCAAACCAAUGAAAACUAUGGUGGCUAUGACAUCACGAGCAGUCGGAUAGUGUUUCCCAAUGGCUCCAUUGAUCCCUGGCACAUGCUUGGAAUCACCAAAGACAUAAACGACGACCUCCCAGCCAUAUUUGUUAAAGGCACUGCUCAUUGUGCUAACAUGUACCCUGCCAGACCUGAAGACUUGCCGCAACUCAGUUAUGCAAGAGACCACAUCUUCCUGUUCCUCCAGAAAUGGCUGAUGCUGCAGGAUUUCAAGAACUGAAUGGCCCUCUCUACCUGACUUCCUUUAUUAUCAUACCCCUUCAGACAGUCAACAAAUAAAUAUGCACAAUUAGCAAAUUAAUGUGAAUGGAACUUACCAAAGAGACAUGUAUCUGCUGAAUCUUACUCCCAGGCCUUUCUGUAUUUCCCCUCCCCUCCUAGAUGAAGGAAGCAGCAGCAGUAGUAAAUAAUCUCCAUCAUGUUGGAGGUGGUUCAUUACUGAAUAGCAACAUACAACUUCCACAUUAUCGAGCAUCUUUCUCUCGAACUGUGCUUUUACUACUGGUUCCAGGGUUUAGUCUGCUUGAAGUUUAUUCAGAAUUACUGGAGAGAGUUUCAAGAUGUACUGUAAAUUCAUGGCAAUCAGUAUGUGUAUUUUAAUGCUAUCGAAGGGUUUUUUUUUUUUUGGGGGGGGGGGUUGAGUAUUUUCUUUAUAUGCUUUUGUUGCUGGAAAGUAACUAAAAGGGCCAUUAGAAUUUUAGGGUAUUUACAAGUGCUACUGGUGGCCUUUAAUAUUAAAGAAAAAACCUGAUUUUGAAGGCUUCAGGAGUGUAUUGUAAUCCCACAAUAAUAAAUUGCAGAUUUAUCU